AUGGACACGCAGACACCAGGACAACAGGCGGCUGUGCCCGUGUUUCAGAACCAGAAGCCCCUGCAGCCGGACAUGGGCCACAACUCCUUGGCAAACUUCCAGAUCGAGAAGAAGAUCGGCCGCGGACAGUUCAGCGAGGUCUACAGGGCUAGGUACCUGCUGGACAACACCUCUGUGGCCCUGAAGAAAGUACAGGUACAGACUCACAGCUCGUGUCUGUCCGGACGGGAGCGCGGGAGGAGGACGGAUGACAGCGGCGGCGGCAAUCUCAGCGUGGACAAGUCUGCCACAUGUGUCAUUUAG